UGAGGAUGGGGAGGAGGGUGAUGAGAAGACCGGUGAAGCGCGGGGCACUGUCAAACCUGUCAUGGCGAAGCAGACCACAAUCAUGAAGUGGCUCAACAAUCAAGCUCAGAAGGAGUUGGACAUUGCCUGGGCGGAGGCAAUGUUCAGGGCGGGCAUUCCUUUCAACUUCCUAAACUUCGACACCACGCAAGCUCUACACGAAACAUACCUGAAGGUUGCAAGUGCAAGGCCAAAGGUCAAGUUGCCUUCCUACAAACACAUGCGGACUGUCAUGGUUGAUUACAUCUACCUGAAGGUGCAGAAAGCAAUCAACCCCAUGACUGCAUGUUGGGACACAACCGGCUGCACAUUCAUCACCGACGGGUCCACAGAUCGCAAGAACCGACCGGUGAUGAAUUUCCUUGCAACGGGGGAGAAAGGAGCAGUUCUGGUCACGACAGUGUACAUGACGGGGAGGAAGAAGAACGCAGCAGCAUUGGCAAAGUUAUGGGAGCAGGUGAUGCGUGAGAUAGGGCUUGAGCGGAUCAAUGCGAUAUGUACAGACAAUGUGGAGGUCAACAAGAAGGCGGCUCAAAUCUUAGAGAGGCGGACCGACAAAGAUGUCGCGACGAUACCAUGGGUGCCAUGUGGAGCGCAUUGUUGCAGUUUGUUGCUGAAGGACUUGAGCAAUUUGCCAUGGGUGAAGGACACGGUGAAGACGACAAACACGAUUGUCAAAUUCAUAAGGAACCACCACUCUACGCACGACCUCAUGAUGGCUAUCGACAACUCCUUGUCAUUGCUGCGUCCAACAGAGGUCCGGUUCAGGUCUGCGUAUCAGAUGCUGGGUAGGUUGGUUAACAGGGAGGACGUGCUGAAGGAUAUGGUGGAUGGGGAUUAUGGUGCGAGAUGGAGGGCACUGAGGUGGUCCUCGACAAAGCUGCAAAGGAAGGCCGACCUCGUCUAUUACUCAGUGGGGUGUGACAGUUGGUGGGAUAAGGUGAAGAAAAUUGUGGCCAUCAUGGAGCCGGUGUUCAGCCUGCUCAAGAGAAUGGAUAAGGAAGGAGUGUCUCCCACCAACCUCGUGGAGUACGACGAUCUCAUUGCAAGGAGAUUGACAAAUGUCGUACUCACGAAGGAGUGCGAAGACGAGAUGGCGAAGGUGAAGGACCGCGUGCAGAUGAUGGGGCAGCCAGCACAUGCAGCUGCCUUUCUUUUGGAUCCACGAAGGAGACAGCCUGGCUGGCUCAACGAUCCAAAUACUGCCCUCGUGCAAAAUGCAAUGCGUUUCUUGCUGAGGCAGAUUGGGGGGACGUGGGAUUCACAAAAACACAUUGAUAUGUGUGGGUAUCUGUAUGAGUUCUUGAGAGAGCCUGUGGAAGGUGAAGUCAGGAAAGAUAAGCAUAUGUGGACCCCUCUUGCUAGAACGACAGCCACAAAACGUGCUCCGGCGGAUUGGUGGUCGUUGCACGGUGGAGAUGUUCCGGAUUUGCAGGCGAUCGCCAUCAGACUGCUGGGAAUGUGGAGCACAGCAACAUCUGCGGAGCGGAACUGGGCAUCGAUGGACUUUGUCCACUCAAAGAGGAGGAACAGCCUCUCACCGGUGUCCCUGGAGAAACUUGUGUACAUUCAUUGGAACAUGCAGUUGCUUCGUGUUCGAACGAGCAAGGACAAUGGCUACGUGGAUGUAUGGGGGUCCUUCUUCGAGCCAUUGAUGGAGCCGACAUGGGAGGACCAAUCUCUCGACGAUGGCACAACGGAGAAGACGGAGGACGAAGGGGAGGAGGAAAAGAGGCAAAAGAGGUUGAAGAACGCUCCGAAAGGACGGAUUCCCCGCGACCUGUUGGAUGAAGACUCAAGCGGGAGCAGCGAGCUUGAGGAUCUGAUAUGGAAGGGGAAAUGUUGGAAUGAGUCUACUUCGGAAGAGAGCGGUGGUGAGGAUGAUAUUGGUGAGGACUCCGACUUUGAGUUGGGGGUUGUGCCAGCGGUGCCAGCCACAACUUACGUCGGUCGGAUGCGCGGGAGGCGAGAGGAGGCAGAGGUGCAGCCUUCAGAACCCGUGGAGAGAAUUGACACGGACAUCGAGUUCUUGAUGCACUGUGUUCCUGAUGGUGACUGUGAUGCGGACGAGGACGAAGCAGAUCGGGCAAAGGCUAUGGCGGAUAGAGAUACUGCCCUUGUUCAGAUGCGGAUGCUUGAGGAGGAGGCUCGGCGUGCUGCUAUCCCCACCAGGAGGGAGAGAGAGACAAAGCAAACAGAUCAGCGAGCCGAAGAAGGAGCAUCAGGAAGAAAAAGAUCAGCAGCAAGAAAAUGAAAAUAUGCACCAAGAGGGAGAGGAGCCCCACGGAGAGCAGCCCCAGCAACACCAAG